CCCUCUAAACACAACACAGCGUCAAUUUGUCAAAUACAUAGUACUGAGUUAAGCUAAGCCCAGCACCACUUUGCUCCACCUCUAAUCGACCUGGUCUCUGUUGUUUGAACUGAAGCUGGUCAUGAACUUGUAAAUGCAGAGCAUCAUGGCCAGCAGAGCCGAAGAUGAACAAAGGGAACCAAUAAAUGAACAAGCAGUUGCAAAUAAGUAUGCUUCUAUGAGGACUGAACUAAACCAAAUUUACUCAAAAAUCACUGAACUAGAGAUGGAAGUGAGUGAGCACUCAUUGGUCAUUAAUGCUAUCCAGCCGCUUGACCCAACAAGACGGUGCUUCCGGAUGAUUGGAGGUGUUCUGGUGGAGAGAACCAUCCAAGAAGUCCUACCUGCUGUCCAGCGCAAUAAAGAGGGGCUUGAGGAGGUUAUUGCUAGGCUCAAUGAGGCUUUGGAAAAGAAGAAAAAGGAAAUUUCUGACUUCGAGGCUAAAUACAAAAUUAGGAUAAGAAAGCCUGAUGGUGAGACCAAGGAUGAUGGUGGGCGGAAGGAAGGUUCUGCACAGGGAGUUCUCGUUGGCCCUGCUGGUGGAAGCGAAUGAUGGUCUUGUAUCUUUUGCCCCUUUAUAUUUUCAUAUUGUUAUGUAAAAUUUCUCUAGUUUUGAACUAGGUGUUGGAGACUUGGGUGUUUGGUUGAUCAGGAGGAUAGUAGACUUUUAAGAUUAUUGCUGAAUGUUUGUGUUUGUUACUUUUGUGUGAAGAGGAGGGCUUUUGGUGUUGUACUCGUGCAAGUGAGGCUGAGGUAAAAUUUUGAGCAUGAGUAAAGGUGUCUUCUAUAUUUGACUGCUAGACUUAAAAUCUAGGUCUGUAUUUAGGAUUAUCAAAUGUUUCUGAUCAUCAAGUCCCUCUUAAGGAUCUUGCUUGAAGUUGUGCUGUUAGACAUAUCAGAAUAUCCAAAGGCAGUGCUGUUUUUUGUUGUUGAA